GCAGAGGCCAGUGCCACUGCUGGCAGGCGCUGAGGCGCCCGAGGGCCCUCAAGUGGCGCGCGAGCCGCACGCCAACGCCCGCGACGCGACGAAUUAUCUUUAUCCCCUUUCCCUCUGCCGUCCUCGUUCCCGGCCGUCCGUGCCGAAGGAAGUAUCUGCUGAGUGCUGACCCAGCCCAUGCCCAUCCACCUCGCUCCCUCGACCGACCCACCCAGCCCAGCGCGCGCUCGCAUGGCGAUGCUGCUCCGCAAGGUGUGGGGCUCCGUGCUGGCGCGCGCCGCAGCGCCGGGGGCCGACCCGCGAGCCCGCCGCGCGCAGGCGCAUCGCGCGGAGCAGUACCAGUACCACGGCUCGCUAUCGCUGGGCGCGCUCGACGCCGUCCCCACCGACGUGCUCGCCCAGAUCCUGCGCCUGCUGGGCCCGCUCGACGCCGCGCGCUCCAGCGCCGUCUGCCGCGCCUGGCGCGUCCUCGCCUCCGACAACGGCCUCUGGGCUUUCUUCCUCCGCCUCGGCCCCGAGCCCUAGGACCUCGUCGUCUUCGCCGAGACGCACCUCGCCGCCGGCCCCGCCUCGCACCCGUGGCUGUACUACGAUAGCUCGCCGCAGCUCUCGUUCAAACAGAUUUACGGCCUCCGAGCGCUGGUCCCGGGUACUCUCAUCGUGGAUGGUGGAUCUGGUUAUUGCAAGUAUGGCUGGAGCAAGUAUGCUGCUCCUUCCGGGCGUUGUGCUACAUUCUUGGAAUUCGGUAACAUUGAAGCACCUAUGUAUGCAAGGCUUCGUCACUUCUUCUCUACAAUAUAUACGAGGAUGCAAAUAAAGCCUUCGACUCAGCCAGUUAUUGUUGUCCUUCCACUGUGUCACUCUGAUGAUACCGAGUCUGCUAGGGCCUCAAGAAAACAAUACAAGGAGACGCUGUACUCUGUCUUGUUUGACAUGAAUGUUCCUGCUGUUUGUGCUGUCGAUCAGGCAGUUCUAUCUUUGUAUGCUUCUAAACGGACCUCUGGUAUUGUUGUGCACAUUGGAUUCAAUACGACUUCUGUUGUUCCCAUCUUUCAAGGUAGGGUAAUGUAUGAGAUAGGUGUUGAAACUGUGGGGCAAGGUGCCCUUAAACUCACUGGAUUUCUCAAGGAGUUGAUGCAGCGGAGAAAUAUAUCCUGUGAGUCACUGUACACUGUUCGAACCAUCAAGGAGAAACUUUGCUACGUAGCUGCUGAUUAUGAAGCUGAAUUGCGUAAAGAUACACAAGCGUCCUGCGAGAUCGAUGGUGAAGGGUGUUUCACUCUGUCGGAAGAGAGAUUCAAGACUCCAGAAAUCCUAUUUCAGCCCCAUAUGGGAGGAAUGCGUGCUAUGGGCUUGCAUAAAGCAGUAUCUCUAUGUAUGGAUCACUGCUAUGUUUCAGGAACGGUUGGUGAUGACAGCUGGUACAAGACGGUCAUUUUAGCUGGUGGUUCGUCGUGCUUGCCUGGUUUACCAGAGAGGCUGGAGAAAGAGCUUCACCAACUUCUUCCACCUUAUAUGUCAGAAGGAAUAAGAGUACUCCCCCCUUCAUUUGGCACUGAUUCUGCCUGGUUUGGUGCAAAGAUGAUCAGCAACGUGAGUACUUUCACUGAGGCAUGGUGUGCAAAGAAGAAACAAUUCCGUCAGAAGACAGGCCGGAGUGGUACAUUGUUUGCCAAUUCCUGGUAAUGAAAAUCUCAGACACAAGUCACGAGCAAGAAACUUAAAGAGUUCCCCGCAUCAAAAAUACGGACAUAACAUCCGGUCCAUGCUCCACUGAGCCUCCACCAGUAUAUAGAAGCAUGAGCAUUCAUGCCCAGUAUAUAUUCACGUCCAUAUCAUGCAUAUAUGGAUUAUGAGCCAGUGCAUCAUUUGGUGGUGUUGUUAUAGGAUGUUUUGGUAAGUUCGUUGUGGUUAUAGGUUGUUGGCAAAAGCGCAGUUGUCUCGUUUUAAUUUUAAGUGGAACGAUUAAUUAGUUAUUGAGCAUGAGUCUUUGUUUAUAGCUAUAUAUGUCUCAUGAAAUUUGGUACAGUUCUAAAUGUUGUAAAACGCAAUAAAUCAUUUUAUAAAUGAGAUAUGUCUUU